AUGACCAGGUAAGUUUUAUUCCAUGAAUUCCUGGAUGAUUCAAUAUUAGGAAAAUUAACAAAAUAAUUGACCAUUUCAAUAACAAAACCAACAGAAACCAUGUGUUUAUCUCAACAGAUGAAGAAAAAGCCUUUGACAAAAUACAACACCCAUUCUUUAUUAAAAACAUUGGAAUAAAAGAAGCUUUCCUUAAAGUAAUAAAAAACAUCCAUCUAAAACCAUCAGCAAAUAUUAUCUGUAAUGGGGACAAGCUAGAACCAUUCCCAAGAAGAUCAGAUGUGAAGCAAGGAUGCCUAUUAUUACCACUGCUAUUUAAUAUUGCACUAGAGAUGCUAGCAAUAGCAAUAAGAGCAGAAAAGGAAAUUGAAGGAAUUAGAAUAGGUUAUGAGGAAACAAUUGGAAGAUGAUGUGUUGGAAUACAUAGACAACCAAAAAAAUAGAAAUAAUUAACAACUUUAGCAAAAUUGCAGGAUGUAAAUUAAAUCCACAUAAAUUAUCAGCAUUUCUAUUUACAACCAAAAAAGUUCAACAGCAAGAAAUUAAAAAAAGAAAUUCCAUUUAAAAUAACAGUAAACAAUACAAUUUUAACUGCAGGGUAUACUUGCCAAAAGAAACCCAGCAAUUAUAUGAACACAACUACAAAACAUUUUUGACACAAAAAAAGAUGGAUACUCAAUAACAAAAAGGUGUUCAAAAUAUUCUUAGAAAGAAAAUCAUACCUAAAGAAUUAUUUGCUUUUCAAACACUCUAAACAAUAGAUAAAGAAGAAUAAACAAAUACAGCAACCAAGGACAAUAGCAACAAAAUAAUAGAGGUCAUUAAGAGAUUUUUUUUUUCUAAAUAUAUACAAGGAGACAAAGGUGAAAGCAGAAGUCAAAUGUUAAAAAAAAAAGUGUCUUCUUGUGAGGAAUAUGUGAUAUAUUAUUAGGGUAGGUUACCUUGGGCUGUAUUUUGAGCUCCUAUGUUGUUUGAGUCAUUGAUUAUUUCAUGCCCUCUAGCAUUUUCUAUUCUACCAGUUAUUUUUGCUGUGCCAACCAUAAAUUCUGCUUUAUUGUUCUUAUUUCUCUUUUAAACCAUUCAGAAAAAAUGUGCUGUGAUCCUCUCUUGAAAAUCUACAGGGUCUUCUGCUUCAUGAAGUUUUUAACAUUCCCUUUAUUUUACAGUAUUUGUUCAUAGAUGCCUGAACUCUUUUACAAGAUUUGGAAGCCAUAUUUCCUUCUGCUUUUAAUGUCUUCCCUUUUGGUUUACUGGCUUUUCUCAAAAUCUUUGAUUUUUCUUCCUCCUGAAAUCUUUGAAAAUUUCCAUUCCCACCACUGCAUCUUUUUUCUCCUAUUGUUUAUUUUUUUAUUCCCUCACUUCUGAUGGAGGUUUUCCUGGGGGGCUGAUCUCACAGUGUCUCAGUCUCAUUGCACACUGAGCAAGUCAUGGUUCAUUAGCCUAGGUCUAUGACCUAAGUGACUUCUGUGAGAGAUAAAAUUAGCCCCAGCUGCAUACUAGAUUCUUUCCUUUAGGCUUAAUGGAAUAUCACAUCGCUCUCUGCACACAAGUUCUGCCAUCCCUUCCCUCUGUUCCCCAGUUUUCUGGCCCAGGGCAUAGAGCUACAGAGAACUACCACCUUGCAAUCACAUUCUAAGAAUAUUUCUGCCAUUUGGAAUUUGGAUCUCCAUGGGACUGGUAUGAAAAGUGUGGAUUUGAGCUCUGCUCCUAGCCUAAUCAUGUAUAUUGCCCUGGACCUUUCGUUCCCCAGAUCAGGCAGAAUUUGGUUGCAGUACAGAACAGUGCCAUUCAAGGCCUAAGCACAUUUCUUCCAUUGCUAGUUUAGAGUCUCUUCUCCAUUGGGAGGGAUGGAGGAACUUUUGGGGUGUGGAGUUGAGUUUCAACCCUGUGGUUGAACUCAUACAGGAAGUAUGAUGGAACUGAGGGAGAUAGAGAAGGGGGAGAGAAAAAGAGAAAGAUGGGUGAAGAGAGUGAAAGAGAGGAAAGAGACAGAGAGAAAGAUAGAGAGACAGAGAGAAAGAGAGAGAGGGGGGAGGGAGAGAGAGAGAGAAAGAGAAAGAAAGGAAGAGAAUGGAGAGAGAGAAAGAUAGAGGGAAAGAGAGGGGAAGAGAAGGGAAUCGAGAGAGAUAAGAACUUAGUGAGCACCUAUUAAGGAUUAACAGCCAUAUUAUCUAUUAUUCAUUUAUUAAGUUUUUACCUUGUUUGGGCUCUUAAAGAUAGUUGAAAUUGCUUUAUCUCUGGUGUAUAAUUCCUAUUUUGGAGAGAUUUGAGAGAUGGUAAAGAUUAUAGAUAAUGUCUAACAUGCUCUCUUCUUGGUCAUGUAAACUAGAAGUCCUUGUAAUUGAGUAUCAAGUGAAGAUUAAAUGAGAUAAUGUCAUACAGAAUAAAGGGAAUGAGAAAGAUUUUCAAAAUAUUAUUUAACAUGGUUAUUUUACAUUUAAAUGUCCUACUUCAAAUCCCAGACAUAGAUAUACCGCUUCUAACAAGCAUCCCUCGAUAACCCAACCCUAGGGUUUUAUUUUUAAUUACUUGAACAUAUCUGCACAUAAUCUGCAUAUACUCUUAACCAAUCCACUCCAGAGCAUUAUUAAACAACCAUACCUGGAGUACUGCAACAUGAGAGCUGUCUCUUAACAUUCAUAAGUGCCAUCAGAGUAGUACAAGGUUUUUUGUACUAUUUGUUCUGGAGACAGAAGAGAAAUUGAUGACAUAUGAAUGGAGAGCAUCAGGGAAGGCUGACAUUUGAAUCGUGAUUAAAUCUUUUUUUUUAUUUUUUGCUAAUUACAUGUAAUAACAAAUUUCCACAUAAAUUUUCUGACAUUAUAUGAUCCAAAUUGUCUCGCUCCCGGAGCUGGCAAGCAAUUUAAUCUGGGUAAUACAUACACUACAUGAUUCAAUCUUUUGUAGAAAUGUAUUAAAUAGUGAUGUGAGCAGGUUUUUUAGUUCUGAAACCUAGUCUAGAAAGCCUUAUCUAGAAACAGUAGGGAACCAUGGGGAAAGCUCCCAGGAGAGUAGGAUGAUUUGGAACUUAGUCCCUCAGGAAGCAGGUCUAAACUCAAUUAGCUGGGCCAGAGAAAAGGGGCCACUGUUUGGUCAUCCUAAAAUGAAUCUGUUCUCCAUACCAAGGGAAUCCUGGAAACCGGGAGAACUUCAAGAGAUCUCCUAGAACUCAUCUUUGAAACAGAACAAGCUCAGCAAAUGAGGAAAGAAUCUAGACUUAAAGAGGAAGCAACCUAAGAGGCGGAGUCCUCAGUGCUAAGCCCUGGCUUUACAGAGGGUGGAAAUGAGACCUAGAGAGAGGCGAAAUGCUUUGCUCAAGAGGGUCCAACCGCUAGUCAGUGUAAGAUGGAACCGGAAGCAAAGUCUUCCUGAAGACCAGCACUCUCUGCGGCUUUCCACGCUGCCUCUCAAGUCUUAGAAGACAAAGAAGGGGAUCGUGGCAGACCAGCCUGGGUGCUGUGCAGGGUGGGGCAUGGGGGCUCCAUGGUCUUUAGGCAAACCAGCUGGGAUACCCCAACAAACCAAAAACAGUCUAUUCCCUGAAAAAAGCAAAACGACCCAAAGAGAGAUUCUGAUGGACAGCAGAUGUCUGUCAGGCCUUUCUUUGUAUUCUUCAUUUGCAGCCUAGAGCUGCAGAUUUUCUCCUCCCCAGGAGAGCCUUCUCUACACUAACACUGGAGGCAGAGAGACAGGCUGACCAAGUCCUGAAGCUCCCGGCUACUCGCGGUGAAGUGUUUAUGGAAGCCGCCAGGUGGCGCUCACAAUUUAAGUUGCUCCAGUUCCUUCCCUUCGCACAGAGGGGUCCCCAUCUCCCGCCUUUGGAGCGGCUCACAAAUCAGUUGUUCUAUUGCGUCUGGUCUUGCUUUAGGGGGGAGGGACUAUGAAGCUAAUCCUAAUUUCUUGGCUUGCCUGAUCCCAUCAUCACGGAGACUCCGAUGUCUUACCCAUAAUACUCUCACAGUCCAUUAGAGAUCAUUUACUGACAGGAAUAGAAAUCGAAAGACGCAGCAUCCGAACACCUGAAGCGCUGAGUGUCCCUCCUCCUCCUCCGAAGGUCUAAAAGUGCGAGCAGCUGCAGGGGGAGCGAAGACGGGAAUCAUCUGCAGCUGAAGUUUUUCCAAGGGAGCCGAUUCCUCCAGAGCCCUUUCGCAAAGGAAGGCUAUGAAAGCAUCCCCCAAAUCAGCCACAAGAAGAGAGAAAGGGUUUGCCGUUUCCGAGGGGCAGUUUCACCCGAACGCCAGCUGUUACAUCAUCGCCUUCCUGGUCCGUCAGCCCUGGAAACUUGGAACCUGAAGACCCCUUCCAAGUCCCAGUGCGAGGGCGUUCACGUGACCCGUCCUGCCCCAGGGCUUGGGGGUUCCUAGACUCCUGGGCGAGCUCACUCUCGCAGGCAUCUUUCUUUGACUUCUGUAGCCUCCGUGGAGUUUCCUGUGAUAUCAUUCCAGCAGUGGCCCUGCUUCAUCUCUAAUCCAUACCAAGGCAGAAUGAUUUGUACUCUGAACCCCACACCAAGCUCAUGCUCAGAUUUCCUGCCUCUGGAGCUGAAAUGACGCUCUGAGGCCAAGUCGUGGAACCCGGUCCUUUUCCAGAUGCCAAAGCUUCAACUCGGGCAGAUGAAGUGACUUCAUGGAGCAUCAAGAUCAAUAAGUUGUGCAGGGGCCAAGGACUCGAUCGUGUUCUCUGAGCUCUGGACCCUCUCUCCACAGAAGCUAAGCUUUGACAGCUUGUCGCAUACCCUAGUGCAGAAACCUCACCUGGGAGAAGAACAAGGCUGGAGAACAAGAUAUCCAAAAGGACACCUACUCAGCAGGACCUUUUUUACGGAGACUUUUCAACACCCCGAAUAGGAGGGAUAAUUUGGAUCAAGAGGCAGACAUCAUCUUGUAAACCAUUCCAUUUUGUGACCUAAACUCUGUGAUCAGUUGUGUGGUAAAUGGCUUCACUCCCUACCGGAAUCCGGCUUAUCACUUCAUUCACAAGGGAUCAAUGGUACAGGGCCUUCAUUUUUAUCUUGACUUUUUUGCUGUAUGCAAGUUUUCACUUAUCUAGGAAGCCUAUCAGCAUAGUUAAGGGCGAACUACAUAAGCACUGUGCUCCUCAUGGUAAGGUUAAACUCAACAUUGUAAAUGAAAAUGCCUUCCGCGCUCCUGCUGGGAAAAUAUCAGAUAAUGAAACUCACUGCGGUUGGGCACCUUUUGAUAAGAAGAACUAUCAACAAUUACUGGGAGCAUUGGAUUAUUCGUUCCUUUGUGCUUAUGCAAUUGGAAUGUAUCUCAGUGGCAUAAUAGGGGAACGCCUGCCAAUUCGAUAUUACCUAACGUUUGGCAUGUUUGCCAGUGGAGCCUUCACAGCUCUUUUUGGCUUGGGCUAUUUCUACAACAUUCACAAUUUUGGAUUCUACGUCAUCACUCAGAUAGCUAAUGGGUUGGUGCAGACCACAGGCUGGCCUAGUGUGGUGACAUGCAUUGGCAACUGGUUUGGAAAAGGAAGGAGAGGCUUAAUUAUGGGAAUUUGGAAUUCUCACACCUCUGUGGGGAAUAUCUUAGGAUCUUUGAUUGCUGGCUACUGGGUGUCUACGUGUUGGGGACUAUCUUUUGUAGUACCGGGUAUCAUCAUUGCUUCAAUGGGUACCGUGUGUUUUCUCUUUCUCAUUGAACAUCCCAGAGACAUAAAGUGUUCUUCCACACCAUUAAUUAGCUCCAAAAGCUAUGAGAAUGGAACAAACAGAUUCAGAGUGCAAAAACAAAUUCUGUACACCAAGGAUAAUAGCAAAAAUCUGGAUCCAGAGAUUCAGAGUUUGUUAUCAGAUGGCGAAAAUGGUACAAUUCAGCCAAAAUUUGUCACAGUACUGCACGGUGAUGGAGGAAAUGGAAUGGCGGCAAUCAGUUUCCUAGGUGCCUUGAGAAUACCUGGAGUCAUAGAGUUUUCUCUUUGUUUGCUAUUUGCCAAGCUGGUCAGCUAUACGUUUCUUUUCUGGCUGCCACUCUAUAUCACAAAUGUAGACCAUUUUGAUGCCAAAAAAGCUGGGGAUCUCUCCACUUUGUUUGAUGUUGGAGGAAUCAUUGGUGGAAUUUUGGCAGGGGUGAUCUCAGAUAGACUGGGAAAGCGCGCUUCUACCUGUGGACUAAUGCUGCUGCUAGCAGCUCCGACGCUCUAUAUGUUCUCUAUGGUCAGUAAAAUGGGACUAGAAGCUACAAUAGUUAUGCUUCUGAUCAGUGGAGCUCUUGUCAAUGGUCCUUAUGCAUUAAUCACAACUGCAGUCUCUGCUGACUUGGGUACCCAUAAAAGUUUGAAGGGGAAUUCCAAAGCUCUCUCCACUGUGACAGCUAUCAUUGACGGCACUGGGUCUGUGGGUGCUGCCUUGGGGCCUCUCUUAGCUGGGCUUAUCUCCCCCUCUGGCUGGAACAAUGUGUUUUACAUGUUGAUGGUAGCAGAUGCCACUGCCUUACUGUUCUUACUGCGUCUCAUACAGAAGGAACUGUGCUGCACAGGAUCCAUGCCUGGAGAACAGCGUCAAUUUAAAGAACACUAGCCAUAUCAGACACAAUCGGGGAAGAAUCGGUACUCAGCUCCAAAAAUGAUUGUUCAAGACACAGUACAGAGUAAACAAUUCCAUGUUGAAAAUCUUGCUUUCCCCAUGCAGUUUGCACACAGACCUGGAAGAGAUACAAAAGCAAAUGUGAUAUCCUUUUCCUUUAAGCACAUACAGAACCUCAGGAUUGUAAAUUCUCAGAGAGGUAAAAGCUGCUGAAAACUUCGGACUGGCUACUUUAGCUAAGGGCACACGGGAAGGAAACCAAGUGCCUGGCAUUCAUCUUCAUCAAACUAUUUGAACAAACUUGAGAAAAGAACAUAGAACUGAUAUGGAACUGAAAUGAAGAAUGAGCCAUUCUCAGGUUUCUAAGUGAUGGAAUACGACAGUGAUUUGAAUAUGCUGAAAAGAACAUCAACAACAAGCACCUAUUUAUUCUUUAACAAGAGACGAUGUCAUUUUCAGAAGUAUUAGUACCUAAUCAUAUCCACAAACUAGCAAAGAGGCCAUUGAUAUAAAAUAGUUUAACUCAAGUUUGAAACAAGCAUUGGAUUCACUCAAGCUUCAAUCAGAAGUAGUCGUGCCAAUCCCAAUAAAGGAUUUCCCCAAUUGUUCUCUAUAUACUGACCUAUGUCAGAUUGCUAUGACAAAUUAGUAUAGAACAAUGAAAUUAGCUGGGGUGAAAUGAGAAUGGCUAGUUGAGUCAUAUCAGAGGGUACCAGUCAAGCAACACAGAUGUUUCUGAAAGGUUUACAUGUGUUAGAAGCACUCCAGAAAGUUGUUGAGGAAGACAUCUUGUAAAAUGUCUCCACUUCAGUAAAAAAUUGCUCCUUGGUCAUCGUACUUCGAGCCAAAUUAUACACGAGGAUGAGCAAAACGAAAAAUGAAAAUUCAUAGGUUUAAUAUUUAGGAAGGGCAGUUUAUUCACAGGCAUAGUAUGGAUACGGUCUCUUUAUAGUUGCAUUGACCAUUUUUCCUCUUCAUUCUAAUAAAAUGAUAGAGAUUGUUUUUAGAUGUAGAGUAACACAAUAGAUUUUUUAAAUGUGUAUUGUGUUAUAUUCAGGUUAAAUAAAAUUAAAUGGCAUUUUGUUAUUUAUUAAAACAAACAGAAAUUUGUUUCUGAGUUUUAUUAAUGCUUGGUUGGUUUUGGAAAAUAUUCAUUUAACCUCCUUUAAAUAAAAAAAUUUCAGUCAAA